AUGGAACGUAGAAUCGGUCUCCUUGGCGGCGGCCAAUUGGGCCAAAUGCUCUGCGAAGCUGCGAAUCCCCUCGGCGCGAAAAUAUGGGUGCUGGACGCUGCAGGCUCUCCCGCGAAGCAAAUCAAUGCGCGAACCUCCCAUGUCGAUGGUUCCUUUACAGAUCCAGAGAAAAUCCGGGAAUUGGCAGGGCAAGUCGAUAUCUUGACGGUAGAGAUCGAACAUGUCGAUACGUAUGUGUUGGAGGAGAUCGCUGAGAGGGGUGUCGAGGUUACGUCUGCCGAUGGAAGCAAACGUAUGAAGACUGUCGAGGUCCAACCUAGCUGGAAGACUAUCCGCACGAUUCAAGACAAGUACUUGCAGAAGGAUCAUCUUACGCGGAGUGGGGUUAAGACUGCGGUGUCAAUGGCAGUAGAAGGAUCGGAUUUGGAAGCAGUUGGUCGGGAGUGUACGAAAGAUGCUUACGAUGGUCGUGGAAAUUAUCCUGUCAAGUCUCCCGCAGACAUUAGCGAUGCCCUUGAAGCACUCGCGGGAAAGUCGUUAUAUGCAGAGAAAUGGGCAAACUUCCGACUGGAACUUGCUGUUAUGGUCGUCAAAACCGAGAAUGAUACGUCUGACUGUGGGAGAUCAACAAUUGCAUAUUCCGUGGUGGAAACUGUGCACGAGGAUAGUGUUUGCAAAUUGGUAUACGCCCCUCCAAGAGACGUAUCCAUUAUCGUUCAAAACGAGGCACAAGACUUGGCUCGGAAAGCUGUGGGUAGUUUCCCAGGUAAAGGCGUAUUCGGAGUUGAACUUUUCCUAUUACCAGAUGGUGAGUUGCUUUUAGUCCCACAAGAUGACCCUCUCCGAGAAGCGCACAUCUCACUAAUGCAUGUUAUAGGCCAACUAAUCGUUAAUGAAAUUGCUCCUCGACCGCAUAAUUCCGGCCAUUGGACCAUCGAAGGUUGUCCUACCAUGUCACAAUUUAAAUCUCAGCUUCUCGCCAUCCUCGGGCUUAUGCCGUCUUUUCCAAACUCAACCAUCCCGGCUAUGUUCCCUGCCACUGUGAUGUUGAACAUCCUAGGGGGAAAGACUCAAGCGUCUCACAACAAGUUAAUGAAUAUGGCUAUUGCUAUUCCAGCUGCUGCACUUCACAUGUACGGCAAGGACUCGAAACCCGGGCGCAAGAUAGGCCAUAUAACGGUCGUUGGGAGCUCCUCAUCCGAAGCGGAGGCGCUCAUAGCCCCUCUCAUUACAGCUGCAGAUGAUAUCCGAGCCGAACGCAAAGGCCUACAACGAACUGCCUCUAUUCCAUCAUCACCAGUUUCGGCAGCACGCCCCCUGGUCGCUGUGACCAUGGGUUCUGAUUCCGAUCUGCCAGUUCUGAAGCCGGGCCUAGCUCUAUUAACAACACUCGGCAUCCCAUUCCACGUCACCAUAACCUCAGCCCACCGAACUCCCCAACGCAUGACCGACUUCGCAAACUCUGCUUCCUUGAAAGGCUUCAAAGUCAUCAUAGCCGCAGCCGGGGGCGCUGCCCACCUCCCCGGAAUGAUAGCUGCUUCAACUCCCUUGCCUGUAAUCGGAGUCCCCGUGAAGGGAAGCACGCUCGAUGGAAUGGACAGCUUGCUUAGCAUCGUACAAAUGCCCCGCGGCGUGCCGGUCGCUACAGUCGCGAUUAACAACAGCGUAAACGCUGCGCUGCUGGCGGCUAGGAUCUUGGGGGCCCAUGAUGGCGCGAUACAGCAACGGUUGGUGGAGUAUGCGGCGACGAUGGGAGAGGAAGUUGUUGGAAAGGCGGCGCGUCUCGAAGACGUGGGAUUUGAAGGAUAUUGA